GAUUGUUUAUCACUAAAAAGAAAGAAGCUUUUCGAAGUUUUACAAGUGUACAAGUCUAUUAUCAUGUUCUGAUUCUGUUUCGUUUAUCACAAAGUGUGGUCGGUACACGUUCGAUGUUCAAUCGUCAUCUUCCUUAUUGUUAUUAUUACUAUUAUUAUGGCUUGUGAUAUAUCUCAAGUAUUUAACACGAUUGUUUCAUCUAUACAACAUACAACCUGUAAAGAAGUCAGUUCAGAGAAAAAUGAUGACAAGACGGCGGCAUCAAAGACUUCAUCACCAACAUCAUCACCAUCAACAUCACCGGAUUAUGAAUUCUCAUUUCAAUCACGUGCUAAAAGUCUUCAUUCAAAUUUACAAGCUCUAUCGGAAUAUUUAAAACGAAUUCAUCAGUUAACAUCUGGUACUUUAGUCAAUGUAACAAAACAACGUUUACAUUCAGAAUUAACAGAACAUGUUAAUUUAUUGAUUGAACAGUGUACUGUCCUGCUGAUUCAAUUGAAAGAUUUAAUUCCUAUUCAUCAUCAUCAUAACAGUAAUGAAGAUAAUCGAAGUAAAACAAUUAAAGAGGUGAAUAGUAAGAGUCAACUUAUAUCACAUCGAUUAACUGUGCAUAAAUUGCUGAGCGAAGAGUUAGAUCACUUGAAGAAAAUUAGAACUGAUGAAUUGAAUCGUCAAAAACGUCUUGUAGAAUUCUCGGGAAAUCUCGCCACAGGUGUAAGAUCAGUUACUGCUGCUGCCGCUGCUCGUGGUGGUUCGACUGGUACAAAUAUUUCUGCCUACUUAAAAUCUACAAGUGAUCUUGAUGAUACAACAGUCGUUAGAAGACGUGGUCAUCAACAAAAAAGUGUUGAGAUUUCACAACAACAACAGGGACAACAACACCAUGAGCAACAAGAACAAAAAGAAUCUCCACAACAUCGACAUGAUGAUGAUGACGAGGGUGAUACAAGUUUAACUGAUACUGAAUUACACACACUGAAAAUAGAAAAUGAUGAAUUAUUUGAACAAUUAACCCGAGAAAAAGAUGAAAUACAUCAAGUGGCAAAGAAAAUUUCUGAAAUUGGUUAUUUAAAUCAAACGUUGACAGAACAUUUAUCAGAACAAUUAGAGAAAAUUGAACAAAUCGGUAGUUCAUCUGUCACUGCAACAGAGUAUAUUCGUCAAGGGAAUGAACUUCUUUUAGAAGCAAUAAAUACUAAAGCAACUGUACAAUUUUGGAUGUUAUUCAUACUUAUUGUAUUAACACUUUCAUUACAUUUUCUUGAUUGGUUCUAUCCAUAAAAUUGUCUAAGUGUGUGUGUGCGUGUGUGCCUGUGUGUUUGUCUAUUAACUAUUUUGCAAAUAAUCUGUGAUAAAAACUUUGUCAAUUGAGGGUUAUACUUUAAGCAAUAUGAUUUUGUUUUACUAAAAAUGUCUUUUGUCUUAUGAAGUUAUUUUGUU